AUGUGGCACGCUUCAUCACAACCUUUGAGGAGCUCCUCCUUACCUGAGAAAGUAGAUAAACAAAAGAUAUGUGUGGAGCAAGUAAUGGACAGACUUCACCUGAACGGCAAAUAUCAGAAACUGAAAACUGCAGAUUUUCUUCAGCUUACUGAACAUUCACAGUUUCAUGAGGUCUGCGUAGAGGAAAUGUUUGCUCAAGCUUUUCUAAAAAAAUUACUAAUGAUGGACUACAGUGCAAGAUGCAUUAAAAUAAAAGAAAGCAAUGAACAGAAUCACACACAACAAACAGACAAUGAGUCAUGUGAAGAUGUGGAAGAUGCUUUUAAUGCUUUUUUUGAUGAAACGGCUAAACCUGCCGGCGAAACUAACAAACUGGAGUCAAUUCAUUUAAUGGACGCUCAGAUGGCUGUGUUUUAUUGUGCUGAUAUUUUCCUAAAGCAGCUCAUGGUCACUAAACUCUCACAGUGUCAGUUUGCUCUUCCUCUGCUUGUACCAAAUCCAUUCACACAGAGGAUUGAGUUUCCUCUCUGGACAUUCAGACAAAUCAACAAGAGCUGGAAGACAACUGAUGAUAAAGGUCAAACCUUUAACAAAACCCAACCGGUCUACAAGAUAGAAACACCAAUGGUGGCUUUCUUCAGGUUUGGCUCUGUGUCUUCAUCUAAAUCUCAGCUGAUGAACAGUUUGAUCAAUGAGAAACACAACACAUUCUUCCACAGGAACUGUCCAGGCAGCAGCAGAUCCAGAGUACUGAUGGAUGGGGUGGUGGAGAUCGCCUGGUACUGCCCAUCUGGAGAGGAAACAGAUCAAUUUCCUGACUGUGUUGCAUUCUGUAAUCUUCAUGGUGAUGCAGGAGAAAAUGAGAAACAACUGAAUAUUUUAACUCAGAUGGCUUCUGUAAAUGUUGUUAUUUUACCUCAACUGAAUAAGAAUGACAACAGCACAACAAAGAUCCAAAACCUCUUCAAGGACUCUAAGCCGCUCAUUUGCCUUAUUACUGAGAGUGAUUCAGCUCUUAAAGAAAUAAAGAAAGGUCAAAAAUACAAAAUGGGAUUGAAGGACAGAAAUCAGUCAGAUGUAUUUGAAGAACUCAGAAGAGCUGUAAAUAAUGGACUCUCAUCGUCAGACUCAUCUUCUCUUUUUAAGCUGGAAGAUGUGGCAAAUAAAUCAUACAUCACAGUAGAUGAGAAGAUUGAUGAUGACUGCACUAAUGGAAAAGACGCAGCACAGAAAAUGAUGAGUUUACUAAAGAAUACAAAUCUGACAGAAAUCAAAGAAUCAUUUCUGCCGUGUCAGGGAAAACUGUGGCAUCAGUGGUGUCAGAAGAAUAAAGAACUGCAUCAACCUACAUUAUGUGAAGUACAAAAGAGUGAUAACAUAGAAAAAAACAAAAGCCAUAAGAAAUUAAAAAUGCUGAAAAUCCGUGAAAAGCAGCACACAUCUGUAUUAAGUGAAUUUAUCAAAAUCUUUAUUCAAGAACUGAAUUCACAAGAAGGAAGGAAGAUGGCAUAUUUUCUUAAGUGGAUUGGGAUCUUACUGGAUGACUACACCACUGAAAAUCUUUCAGCUCUUCAUCAUGAGUAUGAUAAAAAGUGGUCAGCAGUCUUAGAUCUUAAAAAGAAACCUGACAAAUCUCAACAACUGGCAAAAGAACAAGAUGAACUUGAGAGAAUAUCUGAUAAACUACAAGCUGCAACCUUUGGUUUGGAGCACAUACUGAGAGAGAUCGGUCAGAUAUAUGAAUCAUGUUCAGCUGUGAAUAAGAACAAGAAAAACCUGACUGACUUCUCUUCUCUUCCGAGUCUUGCAGCAGAGAUGAUGAUGUCUGGAUUUCCACUGGAGCUGAUGGAUGGAGAUGCUGCACAUGUUCCCCUGAUCUGGGUUACUGCAGUUUUAGAUGAACUUAUCAAGAAACUGGGAGACAAGAGAGUCUUUGUGUUGUCAGUUUUAGGGAUUCAAAGUUCUGGGAAAUCUACCAUGUUGAAUGCAAUGUUUGGUCUGCAGUUUGCUGUCAGUGCUGGUCGGUGCACUAGAGGAGCAUUCAUGCAGCUGGUCAGAGUUUCAGAUGAGAUGAAAGAUCAGCUGAAGUUUGAUUAUAUGCUGGUUGUUGAUACUGAAGGCCUUCGUGCUCUAGAGCUUGCUGGAAGAUCAACAAGAAAUCAUGAUAAUGAAAUGGCCACAUUUGUUGUUGGUCUUGGAAAUAUGACAUUGGUCAACAUUUUUGGAGAAAACAUUGCAGAGAUGCGGGACAUUCUUCAGAUUGUUGUUCAGGCCUUGAUGAGGAUGAAGAAGAUCAAACUGAAUCCCAGUUGCAUGUUUGUGCAUCAGAAUAUUUCAGAUAUCUCAGCCGGAGAAAGAAACAUGGAAGGAAGGAGACGACUUCAGGAGAAACUGGAUGAGAUGACAAAACUUGCUGCUGAAGAGGAAGAUUGUGAUGCAGAGUUGUUCAGUGAUGUUAUUGCAUUUGAUGUACAGAAUGAUGUAAAAUAUUUUUCACAGCUUUGGGAGGGAAGUCCACCUAUGGCACCACCAAACCCAAAUUAUAGCAGAAACAUUCAGGAGUUAAAGAGCACCAUUAUCUCAAAAUCAUCAGGAUCAAGUGGCAUUACACUGUCACAGUUCAAAUUGCGUGUUAAUGAUCUUUGGAGUGCACUGCUGAAUGAAAACUUUGUGUUUAGCUUUAAAAACACACUGGAGAUUGCCGUAUACAGAAGACUGGAAACUAAGUAUAGUGACUGGACCUGGAGCCUCAGGAGUGCCAUGUUGAACAUUGAAGAAAAGUUUUACAACAGAAUUGCAAAUGGAAACAAAGAGGUUCAGGAAAAUGACCUGCUGGCUGAAAUGAAGACAACAAAAGAAGAAGUAGAAAAAUCAAUAAAGUCAUUUUUUGAUGAGGACAGAGACAAAGACAUUCUGUGUCAAUGGAGAGGAAGAUUUGAAAAGAAAAUUAAAGAUCUUCAUGAUGACCUGGUGAUGGAAACAAAAAGAAAGUUGGAUGGUGCAAUUGAACAGAAGAAAGCCAAGCAGAAACUAGACCAAAAACUGACAGAGUAUGAAAAUGAGCUUUUUAGUCGGAGCAAAGAACUCGCUUUGAGUCUGAAACACAGAGGAACAGAUGAGCAUGUGAAUGAAGAAUUUGACACAAUGUGGAGUGAAUGGGUCACAGAGAUGACAGAAGCUACUCUUCCACUAAAAGACAUUGAUGUUUGGGAUGAUGUCAAAAACAUUUUAUCUGAAAACCAAGAAUUGACUCUUGUAAAUGAAAGAUUAAAUCAAAAACAGUUCAAACAGAUAUUCAUCAGGGGUGAUUAUGAUGACUACAUAACACACCAGAAGCAUCAAGAGCAUUCAGAUGAGACUGUGCCUUCAGAGGAAGCUGAGGAGAGCUCCAAGAAAAGCCAGAGUCUAUUCAGCCGUUAUGUAGUGAAUCCAGGGAAAAAAUUGUAUUCUUAUGUUAAACUGAGUCAAAACAAGCCGGAGAACAAGACCCUGAAUGCCGAAUAUCAUGACUCUGUGAGGCAACUGAUUAAAAAAAUUAUUAAGGAAACUGAGAAAAUAAUGAAAAAAUCACCAGUCAGAAGACAGGGCUACAAUGACAGCUACAUCCAAGAGAUAACAGACUGUGUUAAAAAGUUAGUAGAGGAACAUCGAUCAGAGAACCAAAAAUACAAACUGAAAAAGGAGUUUAUCAUAGAUCUCUGUCUCUAUGUUUGUGACAUUGCACGUAAGAAAUUUACUGAAUGCCACAAGGAAUUUAGAGAAACAAAUGAUCUAAGAAGGUAUCUUGAGAAGCAGAAAACUCAAUAUUACAACGUCUUCAAGAGCUACUGCAGAGGAACAACAACCACAGCCAUACUGAUCGACUUUAUCUGCAGCAAACUUGAACCGUCCAUCCUAGAAACGGUUUAUAACAAAACUGCUCUUGAUGUUGCAGCACAGAUGAGGACAGACAUACGAUCAUUACGUGAGAACAGAUCCAAUCUGGAGAAACACAUUCUGAAAUCACUCGCAGAAAAAGAGGACUUUCAGCAGUACAUACAAUACAUCCAUGACCCCAAAGAACACUUCAAACAAUUCAUAAAGAAUGAAGUGGACAAAUAUUUUAUUGAACAAAACGAAAUGAUUCUUAACCUUUUCAGAGGAAAUCUACAACAAAAGGAGCAGAUUGUGAGUAAUGCAGUGCAUGCAGUGACAGCAGAGGUCAAAAAUAAUGGAGGUGAUGGCAAAAUGUGGUUCACAAGUUUCACCAAAACACUCACAGAUGAGCUGAAAUUCACAGGCGAGUCUUAUGUUGAUCUCAGAGAAAUUAAAGACUUGGAUUUCCUUGAGAAGCAUUUGAGUGAAAGUCUGAGUGAAAUGAUAAGGAAGCUACAAAAUUGUUUCACAAGUAUCGAUGACAUUAAAAUGGAAAAGUGCAGGAAGAAACCAGAUGAGAUUUUGAUUGAUCAUUUCUGUCAGUGCUGUUGGGUUCAGUGUCCUUUCUGUAAAGCAAUCUGCACAAACACAAUGGAAGAUCAUCCUGGAGAUCACACUGUUCCUUUUCAUCGUAAUAAUGGACUGAAUGGGUGGUAUUACAGAGGAACAACAAACUUGUCUAUUAGUUUCUGCACAACAGCAGUAUCGAGUGAUCGGUCCUUUUAUAACUCCUCAGAUGAUACAUUUCCCUGGAAAGAAUACAGAAAAGCAGGUCCUAAAUAUGAAAACUGGAGCAUCACACCUGACAACUCUGAGCUGCCAUACUGGAAGUGGUUUGUGUGCAGGUUUCAGAAAGAUCUGGAGAAGUACUACAAUAAAACAUUCCAGGGCAGCGGUGAGAUUCCAGAGGAAUGGAGAAAGCACACAAAAGAUGACGCUAUUGAGAGUUUAGAUAAAUACAUCUAAUGGAGAACUAAAAUAAUUAAACUCUUUUAUAUCAAUUGAAACUGUUCGGCACUGGUUUUAGAAAAACUAGUUUUGUGAAUAACACAGCUUACCAUUUUGCUUGGAUGCAUUUAUAAGCAUAAAGUAGACUACAGAAAGACAAAUCAUGUUAAAUGCAGUGGGAAAUAUUUAUUGAUUAAAUCUUAAAGCAAAAUCUGAGAAAU